AUGGAUAUGGAUAUGAACGAGUGUGAGUAUAGGUCUAGAAAGGCUUUUUUUCUUCAUUCACAUAUUAUUGAAGAUGAAGAUUUAGCUCGAUUAAUUUCUAAAAUAGCUGCAAUAACAAUCUAUGCAUUUAUUGGUGUCACUACACUUGGAACAGUGAGUGUUGAUACUAAAUCACUAUUAGCUGGUAUUAGUAUAACAGAUUUUACAAUUGGUUUUGCUCUUAAAGAAGUAGCAACGAAUUUUAUAUCGGGUAUUUUUCUUGUUAUUAAUAAACCAUUUAUUCGAGGAUGUUGGAUUAAAAUUCAUGGAAGUGAUGGUGAUGGUGGAAUUGAAGGUAAAUUUUAUUUUGAUUCUAAAUCAUAUUGA